CAACUGUAAUGGGUGAGAAUGCAAUUGAGUGCGCGCGUUAUGUGCAUAUUCAUUGUUAUCCCUACUCGCUGUACGGGGUCCCCUUCUUCACCCUCGAACUAUAUAAUCAAAAGGCCCCAACUUUCACCCGUUUACAUUCAUAACAUUAACGCUUUUGCACCUGAUAUUAUAUUAUUAUAUAACGCAGUCAGUGUAGAGCGCAAUAACGCCGAUCGAGAAGUACAUGUGAUUGAUUACAAGUGACUAAGUGAUAACAUGAUGGAGUUGCAAUUUGUUAUACUCCUAUUAGGGACGAUCGCGUUUUCUACCAUCGAAGCGCAAACUAACGAUACUGAUAGCAUAUAUGAAACUCCGGAGUAUAUUUUGCCUUGUUACAAGGCAGAUCCUGAAAUUAACACGUGUCUGCGGGGGACGUUCAAUCAUCUUCGGCCGUAUCUCAUCAACGGGUUAACGGACAUAAAUGUGCCGAGCAUCGAUCCAUUAAUUAUCGAUAGGCUGUUAAUCGAGAACGGACAUGGGGCAUUCAGGAUUCGGGCCUUAUUCAACAACAUCACAGUGAAUGGAGCCAGUAAUUACACCAUUGGCAAAAUCAAGGCGGACGUUGACCAUUGGAACAUUGAGUUGGGUAUUAACUUGCCGCGGAUCGAGAUUAGGGGCAAAUACGAAGUCGGAGGAAAUGUACUGCUCUUCCCUGUCCGCUCGAAAGGAAACUUUUGGGCUAUCUUUUUGGAAGUUGAAGCGGCUGCUAAAAUAUUUGGCAAGGAAAUCGAGAAUGAAGAAGGCGUCAGAUUCAUGAAAAUCGAAAGAAUGUUGACGGAUUUCAAACUGGGAAAGAGUCGUUUCAGGGUUCGGGACGUUGUUAAUAACGGAAAUAUAAUAGGUGAAGCAAUAAAUCAAUUUUUGAACAACAAUGCGGACGAGAUUAUAAGAGAAAUGAAGCCGGCCGCAUCCCAAAGUAUAUCCAGACAUUUUGCAGCAUUCCUUAACAGCGCUUUCCUCAAAGUCCCAAUUAAAGUUUGGUUGCCUGAUGCAUAGGCGCACAUCAAAUGGCGUCCAAAAUAAAUUUCUACGUUGAAAAGCUCACGUAGGAACAUCGCACAUAUAAUGAUAUCACAAAUCGUUUAUAUUUAUUCACUUCUAAGAUAAUAUGUAAAUAAUGUAGAUUAAUUUUAUUAUA